AUGCGUUUCGUCUCAUUUGCCACUGUUCUUGGCGCUGCUCUGCUUCCUGCAGUUAAUGCUCGCCCUGCCUGUCGUCCUGAUACAUCUGCUACGUCGGGAGUAUCUGUGACCUCUGUUACUACCACUACCGCUAUCUCUGUCGUAGUUUCAAGCACCGAAGCUACUGCUACCGUGGACGCUUCUACAACCUACGAGACUACUACUGCCUCGGAGACUACAAUUGUCGUGUCCGCGACUGACGUGACUACGACUGCUUUGGAGACAACUAUCGCGAUUUCCGAAACCGCUAGUUCUGACUCUACCGUUCUUACCCCAACUACCACGGCCGAGACUACUCCUGCUGAGAUUGUGACCACCACCGCCGAGACCACUCCAGCCGAUAUCGCAACUACUACAGCUGAGACUACUGCGGCCGAGAUUGUCACCACCACCACUGAAGCUGCCACCACCACCACCGCCGAAGCCGCCGGUCCAACCAACUUUGUCGAGAACGGUGGCUUCGAAGACAACACAAGCAACGCAUGGGAUCUACAAAACAGCGACAUCGCAAACAACCCUGCAAGCGCUCACACCGGAGGCCAAUACCUCGAAUUUUCCAUCAACAACGACUUUGCCAGCGGACAGGACCAAGCCUCCCAAACCAUCAGCGGUCUCAGCACCGAUCGUCAAUACGGCUUCUCUUUCUACUCUACCGUCUUUAGCAGCCCAACGCCUGUCCGUAAUCCUUCCACCAUCUGUUUGAUUCAGGUACAGCAGGGAACUACACAAAUUUCGCAGUUCCGGGUGGACUUUAACAAUCUUGAUUCGUACCAGCCUUUCAGUGUUAAUUUCACGCCUGUGAGCAGCGUCAUUUCACUUAGCUUGAAGCUUCGCUGUACCAACGGUCAGAGGGUUACGCUUGCUCUUGGUAUAGAUGAUGUUGUUAUUGGUGAUGUUAUCGAUUGA